GUUGGAUGCGGAACCUGGGGCUAGAUUUUCAUAUUUUCAGAAUUGCCUUAAGUUACAGGGUAAUUACAUAUUUCUCUCUGUAUUUAACUAUAAUAUUGAGAUGCUAUACUUACAAAAAUAAAAUAUUUAAUUCUAAUUUCGUUAAUUUUAUCAAAAAAAUCAAUCGUAAAGAUAUAAAUAAAAAAAGAAAAUAAUUUUCUUAUCUUUUAAAUUAUUAAUUUCAUAUAAAUUUUUCGUUCGCAGCGUCGAGGCAUUCGCAGAAACCGCUUGACUCCCCUCCGGCUGCGCUACGGACGGCAGACCAACGACGGCGUCGGUGGCGCACGAGGCCGGUAGCGUUCCAGAGGAGAUCGUUUGCUCGCAAGAGCUCGCCCGACGGCGAUGAGUGCGAGCGGCAAGCCACCACAUUUCCUCACCAAUAUUUCCGCUUGCCGCCCGAUUUCCGGGUGGGAGUCGAUCAUCUCCUUGCCUGCCGUCUCCGUGAACAGCUUCCAGGCCGCAUCCCAUGGCAAGGCUUCUACCUUGAUCUUCUUCUUCACGCCCAUCUGGUCACAGAGAUCUUCGUUUCGCGUCCCGAUACGACCACAAGCAAUGGAAGACCAUGGACAGGAAGCCUUCGUGCUUGGUGAUGGGGUUCCCGUACUGCUCGUAGAUGCUGGACUUGUUCUGCACAGCUUUGGCCAGCAUGCACAGGAAGGACUGCCACUGGUUUCUGCCGAUGGAAUCCCCUGCAAGUAUUCUGGCAAAUCCAGAAAUUCCAUGAGAUCGCAACGCAAGGAAUCAACAGGGGCGGCGGGCGAUCAGGUUGGAAAAAGGAGAGGAGAAGGAAAUCGGUCACGGUCGGAGGCGGCGCCCGGAUCUCCUUGGAGCGCCACCGCUGGUCUGCCGUCCGCAGCGCAGCCGGAGGGGAGGAAGGCGGUUUCUGUAAAAGCCUCCAUUAAAAGGUAAUGGAUUCAUUCUCUAUCGGAUUUUGGGGGUGACUUUACCAAACCAACAAGAUGAAGAUGAGACGGAUGAAUUAAGAACAGAAAGGAUAAACUGAUAGAUGUCUAAAAGGUUAAAAGAGACACGGAUCAAUUGUUAGACUUGGAGAUCUGAGAUCUGAGCUCUGAAGCUACACAUCUCUUAAAUUGAUCAUAAGCCAUGUAAUUUAGAACCUCUGAGAUGUUAGAAACAUUAAAUUAUGACAUCUUUAAUCUAAGGUUAUUCAUGUUA